AUGCUUCGCCUGUCGGGCCUCUUCGUACAGUUGACUACACAAAUGCGAUUCCUGUUGCAUCAUUUCUUGAAUCACCGGUCGAAGACAUUGUGUAGUGUUACGGCCGAGACUGGAUGGCUUAAAUAUGCCCUUCAAGACGAGGCACUCUUCACUACGACUCUUUACCAUUGGACGGCUAUCAACUACAGCUUUCUACCCCAACAGCUCCAGUCUGAGCAGCAUUUACUUCAACUCAAGGCUGCGGCGUUACGACUGCUGGCCUUGCAUCUGCCGGUAGCCAGUAACGGAACCAACGGUGAUGGUAAAAUCGUUGACGACGCGGUGGUCGCUACCGUUGCAUGCCUUGCAAAUGUGAAUCUCCUGCACGGCGAUUCGGAUGAAGCAGAAAUCCACUUCCAAGCGCUGAGAGCCAUGAUUAGAAGCCGCAAAGGCGUACACCGGACCAUGAGCCUUAAGGCCUGCCUGCUCGUAUUGUCGGAUGGUAAAGUUCCCCGAAAGCUCACCGGGAUAAGGGAUACUCAACUUGAGAGAUAG